UCAUCUUUGCAUCGUGUUCCUAGCGCCGCCGCCUGCUAUCGUUGCCAUCACAAAUUUGUGAAGAAACAGAGAAAAGCAGAGAUCAAAGCAGCAGCCCGUAGCAUUAACAUUCAUUAGCAGCUGCGAAUGGCAUGCCGUAUCGUAGUGCAACAGGAUAUGCAUCGUGCAACAGAUGAUGCAUAACUAUCUGCGUAAACGAAGCGCACGCUGCUUUGAACAUUACCGCAUUUCAAACAGUGCAGUGAAAAAAAAUUCAUUUAAUCGGAAAACACACACUAGCUUUAUGAUUGCAAUGAAAACUCUCGUCUCUACAUGCAACGUACAUACGUGCCGGUGUAUAUCUUUAGCAGCGCGUUGGAAAGUUGGCGGGACGCGAAUCGUUUCGAUUCAAAUCAAUCACAAUUAGCUUCUUGAUUCAAUUUUAUCACUGCUUAAAAUCACUGCAAUUAUAUAACAGAGGGGUGGAAGUGGAUGGAAAGAAUGGCUAUAGAAAUUAUAGGACGCUUGCUGGAAAGCAAUGUCCGGCAUUUCUUAAGACUUCUUCGUUGCAAUAAUGGGUUUAAUCAAUUUUCACAUGUGGCACAGCUAAUCACAUCCAUCAGAAAAAAAAGGGUAUCUAUCCUGCAAUACCGAUAGAUAACAUCGCAAGCUGCCUGAUAAGUAAAUACGUUCAAAAGCGCAUAAUCUGAUAAGCCGGCAAUAGAACGUCAAUUAAUGCUUUUGAUUUAUCCAUGUUAAGCUACUCAAUGUCAUUGGACAACAUAAUUUACACCAAUUAGAUCAAGAAUGCAACAAUGGCUGAAGAUAUCGUUGCUAGUGUGCACAUUCGGAUUCCUCAAAGAAAUUCGUCCCAGUGAACCGUUCAUCGUCGAUUAUCUUGCUGGACCAUGGCGCAAUCUAACGAUGGACCAGAUCGUGCAGGAAGCGUUCCCGAUCGGUACCUACUCCUAUCUGGCGCAGCUGGCCGUCAUAUUUCUGGUGACGGACUUCCUGCGCUACAAACCGAUCAUUAUCGUGAACGGGGCAGCUGGCAUCAUUGUUUGGAGCAUGCUUACCUGGACCACCUCGCUGAGCGCGCUCAAGGUGCUGGAAAUAUUCUACGGCACGUACUGUGCCGCCGAGGUAGCAUACUUCAGCUACAUCUACGCCAAGGUGGAUCGUGAGCACUAUCAAAAGGUGACCUCGCACACACGGGCAGCAAUUUACAGCGGGCGGUUCUUUGCCGCCAGUCUCGCCCAGCUGCUGGUGUACUUCGAGGCGAUGGAUUAUCGCCAGCUUAAUUAUUUGUCGCUUGCGGCACAGAUCAGUGCCACGCUUUGGGCCCUAUUUCUCCCAUCCGUGCCUACCAGCAUGUACUUUCAUCGCGCAACCCUAGCGGAGCAGUCACCGGACGACUCAACUGCAGUCCAAUGCACCAGCACCACGGCAGUGGCGAAGCAAGCAAAGGUGGUAGAAAUCAUAGAAGACGAUCAGUCGGAUGACAGUAAACCUCCGAUGGCACCAAACCGAUGCGUGCAGUCGUCCUUUCGAUCGCGGUUGAAAGCAGCGUUCGUGCUGCUUUGGACGCACUUCCGCACAUCGUUCACCAAUCGGAGCGUGCUCCAGUGGAGCAUCUGGUAUGCGUUGGCCAUGGCGGGCUACAUCCAGAUUCUAGCCUACGUGCAGGCGCUUUGGAGCUCGAUCGAUGCAACGCAGCCGGCCGUCUGGAACGGUGCGGUGGAAGCCGCCCUUACGUUGCUCGGCGCGAUCGUUGCUCUGCUGGCCGGAUAUUUGCACAGCGGAUUCCUGAAGCCCCGCACAAGCCUCCUCUCGCUCGCACUGCUCUCGUUUGCCGCCGGUGGAGCAAUGCUGCUGGCCACCAAUACCGGCAAUCUGAUCGUGUCCUACCUCGGUUACAUGGUGUUCUGUGUGCUGUACGCGUUCGCCAUCACCGUGGUAAGUGCGGAAAUUGCCAAAAACAUUUCGGACGACUGUUUUGGGCUGGUGUUUGGCUUCAACACGCUCGUCGCUUUAUCGCUGCAAACGCUGCUCACGUUUUCCGUGACCGAUGCGGACGGUUGGUUUGCGUUGGACGUGUUCGGCCAGUUCACCGUGUUCAGCUGCUAUUUCCUGGUGCUUGGCGGCAUUUACACCGCGUUCCUGGUAGCGGAUAUCAUUGGCAGCGUGGUGGUCGUGGCACGUGGCUCGAGGCAAUAGUCGGUCGCGCCAGCAACCGCGAAGAGGCUGAAAUGAUGCAACAAGUAGUACAAAGUUAGGGUCUCCACACGGUUGAGAAACGGGGACAACACCCCCACCAGGCCCAGAAUACUCACCGGGGAAUGUAUUUCAACACAUAUAGCCUUGAUUCAUUUCUAGUACGUAUAUACCACUUGUUAAAAGAAGAGCUAUAGACUUAUUUGUAGAUGUAAUCUAGAUGAAAGAUCGUAUUGGCGAUGCCCCCCCUGUGUGUAGAGUGGAUUUUAGACAAGUUUUGGGAUAAAUAAACACAUACACGCAGCUAUGAGGUCUUCAAGUUUCGUAAUUAAAUGCAUUAUUUUCCGAUAUACAUCGGCCGUGCUAGUGUGGAUGGAAGAAAAUAUAACUUACGAUGUUGUAGUUUUAUAAUUGAGAAUUGUUUUAGUAAUCAUUUUUACAUUAUCAAUUAAUUGCGAUUGAUGAUAUCAUCGUUACUUCAACUUACAAUUUAUAAUUGAACUGCCGAUAAUAAUCAAAUAUUCUUAAACUAUACAGUUUGUUUUAUAGCAUUCCAAUGAUGUUCAAACUUUUGUUCCAAAGGUUAAGCAAACAUCAUUACACUUGAUACACACCGUAGAAAAGCGAAUAUCGUACAUGUUAAAGCAAAGUUCAGUUGGUAAACUAUGAGACAAUAUUUCCGUUUCGUACUCUAGUUAAUAA